AUGACAGUCAUCGAAGUUACCAACCAAGACCAAUUCACAGCAUUAACCACUACUGAAGCAGGUUCUAAAUUAAUCUCAUUGUAUUUCCACACAAAUUGGGCUGAACCAUGUCAAAUAAUGACUCAAGUAUAUCAAGCAAUUAGCGAUGAACCAAUAAAUAAAGAUAACGUCACAUUCUUAUCCAUCGAUGCUGAUGAAAACUCUGAAAUCUCUGAAUUGUUUGAAAUUACCUCUGUACCACAUUUCGUGUUGAUCCAUAACGGUACUAUUUUGAAAGAAUUGUCAGGAGCUGAUCCAAAGGAAUUCAUUAACAUCUUGGAUCAAUCUAUAAAGCAAAUCACCUCUACAAGUAAUGAUUCUAAGAAGGAAGGUCAUGCUCCGGAUCAUGACGAUGCAGAAGAAGAAGAAGAAGAGGAGGAAACUGAAGAAGAGCUAAAUGAAAGAUUGGCUAAAUUGGUCAACGCUGCUCCUGUAAUGUUGUUCAUGAAGGGUAAUCCAUCUGAACCAAAAUGUGGGUUUUCAAGACAAAUUGUCGGUAUCUUAAGAGAACAUCAAGUUAGAUUUGGAUUCUUUGAUAUCUUGAGAGAUACAAGUGUGAGAGAAUCUUUAAAGAAGUUCUCUGAUUGGCCAACUUUCCCUCAAUUGUAUAUUAACGGAGAAUUUCAAGGUGGGUUGGAUAUUAUUAAGGAAUCUUUGGAAGAUGAUCCAGAUUUCUUCCAGCAUACUAUCCAAGCAUAA